AUGGCUCCUCUCUGCACUCUUUCCCCGUGGCCGUCCCAGGGCAGGCCGAGCCGUGGCCACAGGUCGUGUGUUCUGUGUAAUGUAAAGGGACAGCGGCUGGUUCUGCCUGUGCGCACGCCGCCAGAUGGACACCGCGGGCUGGCUCCAUUAGCGGGGCCCGGGCUCCUCCCCUGGCACUGCCACGGGGCACGUCCUGCCCACCUCCAGCUGCCCACGGGGCCAGAGCGCACGGCCCAGCCCCAGGUCCACCUGGGCCUCUGGAAGAGUUCAGGGAUGCAGUCUGCAGCGACUGAACUUCUGCACCGAGCAAUGUCACGGAAAAACCACUGA